CCUCUGAGAAGUGAGAUCUGCACUUAGCCAAGUCCUCGCACGAAGCGAACACUCGCACUCACCGCAAGAAGCAGAGAGCAAGAAAAAUGGACGCCAAACCCACCGAAAUCAGUAGCGCAAAGAUGUUCGGAGGUUACAAUAAGAGAUUCAAACAUUUCAGCCCUACGCUGGGUUGCUCGAUGAACUUUCACAUCUAUUUCCCUCCCUCUCCUUCUCCUUCUCACAGAUUCCCUGUACUGUAUUGGCUCUCCGGUCUCACUUGCACCGAUGAGAACUUCAUAUUCAAAUCGGGUGCUCAACGUGCCGCUUCCACCGAGGGCAUCGCCUUGGUUGCCCCUGACACUUCUCCCAGAGGUUUGAAUGUGGAAGGAGAAGCAGACAGCUGGGAUCUCGGUGUAGGUAAACUGCAUACCCAUUCCGGAACAGGUGCAGGAUUUUAUCUCAAUGCUACACAAGAGAAAUGGAAGAAUUGGCGCAUGUAUGACUAUGUUGUCAAGGAAUUGCCAAAGAUUCUGGGCGAAAACUUUCCACAGCUCGAAACAUCAAAAGCUUCUAUAUUUGGUCAUUCUAUGGGUGGGCAUGGUGCUCUAACAAUCUACCUGAAAAAUCUGGAUAAAUAUAAGUCAGUUUCUGCCUUUGCACCAAUAGCAAAUCCUACGAAUUGUCCUUGGGGGCUGAAGGCAUUCACAAAUUAUCUAGGUGACAAUAAAUCUGAUUGGGAGGACUAUGAUGCCACUUAUUUGGUAACUAAGUUUCCAAAUGUUUCUGCCACCAUUUUGAUUGAUCAGGGGGAAGAUGACAAAUUUUUGCCAGAUCAACUGCUGCCUCACAAGUUUGAAGAGGCUUGCAGAAAUGCCAAUGUUCCACUGCUGUUACGUUUCCAGCCUGGUUAUGAUCACUCAUAUUAUUUUAUUGCCACCUUCGUAGAUGAUCACAUCCGACAUCAUGCUCAAGCUCUUAGGCUUAAUUAACCUGUGUUUGUGUGCACACUGACAGUUUAAAACUGUUAUAUGUGAACUCUACUGAAUCUACUCGGCUCUAUAUGCUUGUGAUAUGUACCUUGGUAUAUUUUUGAGUUUGGAAUGGAACUUCGUUUCUUCUUU